UCAUCAGUUGUUAAGAAAGAGAGAGAGAGAGAGAGAAAUAUAAAGAAAAAAAAAAGAGUAUAUGAUAGCAUGGAGGUCAUCAUCAAUACCCUCUCUAGCUAGCUAUCUCAUCUUCUAUUUCUGAGCAACUAUAUCUCAUCUUUCUUCCACACUCAUGCUCCCCUCAUAAUAUAAAUUAAUUCACUUAAUUUAUAUUUGAAACUAUAGCUAGAUAUAUUGAAGUUUGAAAAUUUUUAUUCAUGGCUAGACAACUUUGUCAUGAAGAUGACAAAACAUCAAGUGGUGGAUUUUGUUACAACCCAACGAUUCAAACACAAAUCCAAGGUUUUGUGUCCGAUCCAGAGAUGUUCAAUCUCACAACAGGGAUGGAGAUGAUAGGUUUUUCCAAACAACAUCUUCAACAACAUAGUACUGACACAACAAACUCUGUCAUGUGGAAAACAAAUUUCUCAGGAAAACUAAGUCAACAACAUGUUGGUCCUUCCUCUUCUUCAAAAACCAUGAAUGAUAAUUUCUAUCAUCAUCAAGAUUUCACUGUUUCUGAUACAACAAGUAGUGAUCAGAAUCUAAACAACAUGGUUCAUCAUGAUUCAUCUUCACAUCAUCAGUGGCAACAAGUUGAUGAUUCAUCUUUAAGAUGUGUUUUCCCUUGUGAAGGUAAUGAAAGACCAAGUCAAGGACUUUCACUCUCUCUUAGUUCAACAAACCCUUCCUCUAUUGGUUUACAAUCUUUUGAACUAAGACAUACUACUAAUCAUCAUUUGCAAGAUCAAGGGUAUCAAGGUCAUUUUCUUCUCAAAAACUCUAAGUUCUUACUUCCAGCACAAGAACUUCUCAAUGAGUUUUGUAGUUUAGAAAGUACUAAGCAAAAUGAUUUAGUUUUACAAAAGCAAAAAUCUCAAAAGUUCAACAACAAGCAAAGUUGGGAAGAUGAUAACAACAAUGGUGGUAGCAGUUCUUCAAUCAAACAAUCUUUAACCUCUGUAGAGUUUGUUGAAUUGCAGAAGAGAAAAACUAAGCUCCUUUCCAUGCUAGAAGAGGUUGAUAGAAGGUACAAACACUAUUGUAAUCAAAUGAGGAGUGUGGUUUCAUCAUUUGAAGCUGUAGCUGGAAAUGGAGCUGCGAAAGUAUAUUCAGCUUUGGCUUUAAAAGCUAUGUCAAGACAUUUUAGGUGUUUGAAAGAUGGAAUUUUAGAACAAAUUCAAACAACAAGAAAAGCAAUGGGAGAAAAAGACCCUGUUGCACCUGGAACAACAAAGGGUGAAACACCUAGGCUUAAAAUACUUGACAGAGUUUUGAGACAACAAAGAGCAUUUCAACAAAUCAACAUGAUGGAAACACAUCCUUGGAGACCUCAACGUGGUCUUCCUGAACGUUCUGUUUCAAUUCUCAGGGCUUGGCUUUUUGAACACUUUCUUCAUCCGUACCCAAGCGACGUUGAUAAGCAUAUUUUGGCCCGCCAAACCGGUCUCUCAAGAAGCCAGGUAUCAAAUUGGUUUAUUAAUGCAAGAGUGAGACUAUGGAAGCCAAUGGUGGAAGAAAUGUAUUUGGAAGAAGAGAAAGAGCAACAAAGAAACACGACAACCUCGGACGGAGGAAACAAUAUUAAUCAUGAAGAGGAUAAUCUUAAUGUACUUCAAAACCAAUCUCAAACUCAACCUCACGAGGAUCAAAAGCCACGACUCCUUCGAAUCGAUUCUGAAUGUGUCUCGUCUAUCAUCAACAAUGAUCAUAAAAAUGAUGCUAAUAAUAAGAAUUUGAAUCAUCAUCAAUUAGCCGCGGAUGCGUUUGGCUCGGUUGAUAUUGAUUUUUCAUCUUAUAAUACGCAUCAUUCUUCUUCUGACAUGGUUGCUGCUUACACAAGUGGUGAGAGUUUCCACCAAGGUGGCAGCAGUGGUGGAGUGUCAUUGACGUUAGGGUUACAACAACAUGGUGGAAAUGGAGUUAGUUUGGCUUUCCCACCAACAUCACAGAGUCCAAUGUUCUAUACCAGGGACCAAAUUGAAGAACCGGUUCAGUACUCUCUUUUGGAUGGUGAAGGAACAAAUAUUAUGCCAUACAGGAAUCUCAUGGGGACACAAUUGCUACAUGACUUGGCAUAAUACAUGGCAAAGGUUGUUGAAUUAAUGUUAUUAAUUUGAUUGAAGCUUCAGUCAAAAAUAUUGAAUCAUGAAGGUGCGUAUUCAGAUAUCACAUUUUAGGUCAUGGUAUAACCAUUUAUAUUAAUAGGGGAACUGAGACUAGUGAAAUUAAUGAAUUAAAUUAGACAGAUUGAUACUUUUAAAUCUUAACUAGCUAGCUCAGUAUAUUGGUAUUGGUAUAUUAAUAUAUACAUGAUGUUGCUUCCAUUGAGAAGUUACACUUAGAUAAUAUAUUGCUUCAAUAUGUUUUUUAUCA